AUGCAUGACGAGACGGGAUGGCUCUAUUAUCUCGUACAGCCUUCUUCUCUACUUUCACAUUUUAUUGAAAUGAAUGAUGCAAAAAAAACCUAUCUUUUAAGAGAAUUUUUAUCUCAGGCUGAAAUAUGUGAUCGUCGAUCCUCCCAGCCUUCCCUCCCAGUUGUCUUAAAAAGGCUUGCUCCGCUGUCAAACAUAUCCGCAUCUAAAUCUGAUUCCUCAGACUUGUGUGAUGCGUUCCGCAGUUUUGAUGCCGAGAAUAUAGACUUAAGCCAAAAUUAUAGCAAAUCGAGAGUCCUAGAUACUUUGGCUCUUCAAACUGCAGCCGAGUUGAAAUUCAACGUCAACUUGUUUUCUAUCACCGCCGAAAUUCCUAUCAGGUUGCUUGCCAGGCUUUACCGCAUUUUUAUCUCUUCUGCUUCGCAAAUGUCUAGGACCAAUUCAGAUGAUUUGUUGGCUGGUUCUGAAGUUCCUAUAAAUCCCUACGAUGUUGUCGACUGGGCCUCACUUCACCCACUGACUCUAUAUGCAGUAAUGAUAUAUCAUCUGUGGUGUCUCCAGGUAUGCUUUUAA